AUUUGGUGAACGGACUCGGUUUGUACUAUUGCCGCACCCGUACACGGGUCCAUUUCCGGAAGUGUUUGUUUGUUUUUUUUUUGCAUUAUAAUGGCGGCUGUGCAGCACCGCGGCGAUGGACCUCGGGCUGGAGGAGCGGAGGAGAAGGCAAACGGUGGGAAAAGUAACACUGUCUCCAACAGCCCUGGAGGAGGAAUAGGAGAAGGAGCAGGAGAAGGAGCAGAUGGGAAAGGAGGUCUGGGGAAGCGAGCAGCCAGCAAGGACGAGCUCCAUAACAAGCCUGCGCCUCCUAAAAUCCCCAAAGCAGGCUUCAGUAGUUUUAAGAAGCCUGCUCCUAUUUCCAUCAAGCUAGGAGUCAGCAAACCGAAGGAAGUGGCGCCCAUUUUACCCUCCAAGAAACCUGCGUCUGUUUUCGAUGACGACGAUGACAGUGAACCAGAGGAGAUGCCUCCAGAAGCGAAGAUGAGGAUGAAGAACAUUGGGAGGGACACCCCGACUUCAGCAGGCCCUAACUCCUUCAACAAAGGAAAGCAAGGAUUCUCCGACCACCAGAAGCUCUGGGAGAGGAAGCUCAAAACACAGACGGACCAAUAACUCCCUCUGUUCUAAAUCUGCUUCCAGUCUUUUUUUUUAUUUUUUAUUUUUGUCCCUUGUUUUUUGUUUGUUUUCUCUGACAGACUUUUGUAAAAUAUGUGUACAUGUACAUACGUGAUAGACUUUCCCACUCUGAUGCCACUUUUUGUUGUUUUUACCACAGAAUCAUACCCUUUCAUUGACUUUUCCUCCAGAUGUAUCACAGCUAACCUAUUUGCUCAGUUGUAGUUCCAAACAAUGACUAGACAGACAUUAUUAGCAAUAAGGAAGUAGAUUAUUAAGACGACGUGAAUUUCCGAUGCUGAUAAAUAAUGUGGCGUCAUUAAUGUGUUUGUUCUUUGUGUGUUGGUUUCUUUGGGGAAAGAAUUAAAUCUAAGUGAUGAGUUA